UAAUGUAAAGAAAUAUAUCAGCGGAAUACAACUGUGACUUUGUGGUCCUAAAGUGUUUUAUUUCUGAGCAGUGCUGCUUCUGCGUGUGAACAGAGAGUGUCUCUGGUGUUUUCCUGAUACGUCUGAUGUCAGGCGAGUUCUUUGUGGUGCUGAUUUUCAUUUCAUGUUUGUGUCUCUGACCUGUUUUCACGCCUGUAAACCUGUGAGCAUUACUUCAAAGCAGCUCUCACAUUUUCACCCACUUUAAGAGCGACCAUUUUUCUUUGAGGGGGGUUUAUAAAUCAAGACCCGCUCUGUGCCCAUCUUAGGCAUGGAUGGACUGUGCAGUAUUAUCCUUGUUCUUUUACUCACAGUAGCAGGAGCUUUCAAUAGUACCCCUGAAGAGGAGAAAAUUAACGUCCAUCUGGAACCAAAGUACAUUGAAGUUUGUGAAGAAGCUUCAGUCACAUUCAACUGCACUUUUCAGCCUCGUGGAAAGUACAAAGUGAGCUUGCAUUAUAGCCAGACACCUUAUUUAGACUGUGAAACAGAAAACAAGAUACCUGAAGAACAGAGAUUUUUUAAAGAGGAAGAUGAAGAUUGGUCAACACUCAACAUUACUUUUAACAAAGCCAAUGAGAGUGGAUGGUACUUCUGCAAGGUUACAAAAGACAUCCCGGUUCUCUUACGAUACUGCAGUAAUGGAACACAGGUUAUAGUCGAUGCCACUAGCAAUAGCACCAGCAGCACAACCAGAACCACAGAAUCUCAGAAUCAGACAACAGCACAUUUACCUACAACUUGCAUGAACAAUGAUACAACAACCUCCACACCACCCAUGAUAUCAAAGGAUAAGUCUACUCAGUGGUGGAUAUGGCUAGCAUUGGCUGUUGGAUGCGCGGUACUUCUGGUGUCAAUUGUUGUCAUAUGCAUCCUGACACGCAAACCUGAAGUGUUUGGCUCAGUCCGCUGAUAAGAAUUAUUUCAAAUGGAGGACAUAAGCAUCAUAAAGCAUUAAGAUACAUCAUUUAUGAGAACACCAAACCAGUGGAAUCGAGCUGCUGGGGGCGAAACAAGGCUAAGAAGGACAUCUGCGACCUGCCUUCGUCCAAAAAAACGGACACCAUUAAACCACUGAGGAAGUACGACACUCUUUCAAGCAACAGAAUCCGAAGGCCUUAAGUAUUAAAUAUGAAAGAAUGACCUAUCCUCUGAAAACACAUUAAUUAUAUUAAAAACCUUACUGUACACACAUAUUUAUUGUAAUGUUGCAUUUCCCAAUAAGAUGGGAAGCUGUUUGUUUUGUUUUUUCUUCAGAAAGAGAUACAUGAGAAAACCUGAUUUUUUGUCCCUUAAUGACUUUCAGUUGUGUCAAACCGAAACAUUUUGUGGUUAUAAAUGUGAAAACCACCAAAAAUAAAACUCUGUCACACUUUU